GUGUUCCGGCCAGACAUUUUCGACGACGGGAGCUUGUGUGAACAGCCCUUCAAAAAGGUUAAAGCCUUCACCGAUGUAGGAAACAUUGAAAGCAUGUCGAAGGAGCGCUGGGGGGCAGCCAAAUGGGUUAGGGGACAACCACGGUUGUAUUGUGUCAAUGACUUUGAGCCGGAAACGGAGCCCGCCAAUGACCUCCCCAUCCUAGCCCAACGACAAGGUGUUAUCUCCUAUGUCUCCCACAAAGAGUUUAUGGACAUGCUCGACAAAGCUUGGUAUGAAAAGGAGAAAACCUCGGCGAAUGUCCUCGCAGUCUUAAAGCGCACUCACAUCCUGUUGAACACGAAAAGCUCGCUAUAUGUUCGUCCAGCCAGUGAAAAGGAAUCCCCCGUCCUCCGCAUGCCCUUCGGCGACAAGUCCGACUUGCUUCAUCUCGAAUCGCGCCCGGUGUACGACUACCACCGUAAGGGUGGCACCGACAUGCCAAAGGACUUCCAGAAGAAGGUUGAGUGGGAAACAUCUUGGGUUGAGAAGGUCAUGGCGGGUGACUUUGACAACUUGCCAUACAGAGCAACUAUAAUCUCAAAAAGUUCAUUCGUGGAGCCAUCGCGCCCCAGCAAGAGGGAGUCAGCAACGGACAUCCAGGAGAUUCUCCGCAACAACCUUGGCAGCUCGUCCAUUCUCGAUUGCCAUGCCGGUACGCAUUCCCAUGAAGCCGCAGGGAGCGAUUUGAAGAGGGUCAAGGUCGAACCGGGUGUCUUCAAGUCGUUGUCGAGUGCAGCCUUUGGUUCGGUCAUCGAUAUCUCAUCUCCCGAAAAACCCAGACACACAUCGACAGGCUCAGCAUCCCCGAGCCUCACCCAACGUCUCAAGGAGGAGUUAGAAUACUACUACGCACAGGUAGAGAACGCGAACAAGGAGGAUUGA